AUGGCAACUUCCGAGAAGGAGAAGUCUGCUGUUCUUCCAAGACUUGCAGAAGAGGAUCUAGUCCAGUUCAUGGUGAAGCUCAGUGUGGAAGGCUUUCCCCAGGCCGUGAAGGUGCGGCGCAUGCAGAAGUACAGCGGAACCGUGGUGCGUGCUCCGGAGUGGAUCAACGAGUCGCCGGACAGCCCAUGGAAGCCAGGGACAGCUGUUUGCGCAGAAGUCGCGCGCCACUUGGGCGGCACCGGCGAGGUGCUGCUUUUGCAGUCCAACUGCGGCCAAAUGCGUUUUCAGCCGGGCGAUCGAGUCACUUUCUGUUUGCCGAAGGCGUCAGAAAUUGGCAAUCUUCCAGAGGCAAAGCUCGUUAUGCUGGCUCAGACCGACAGGCCUGCCGGGUCUGUGCUGGCCUGCUGCAGACUCCACCUGCCGAGACCCGUUGGCGAUGGGAAGCAACUUGCACCACUGAACUUGGAUCUGCACGCCUUCUCCAGCAAGGUUGUGCUGUCCGGCUUAACCGUUGAUGUCGGAGAAGCAGAGCUGAUGCGGUUCUUCUCAAAGCAAGGAGCGACAAAGGGCAUUGUUGCUCAUGCGCGAGGGUGCAGCUUCGCGUCCAUCACAUUUCCGACCUGCACAGAUGUUGCCACGUUCGUGGGACGGUCCGCUCACGCUUUUGCAGACGAUAAGGAGACUCGCAUUGCCCUCCUGCUGACUCGAUCGCCGAACCACUGUCAUGCUGCUGAUGAGGCCCGGCUGCCAGCUCUUCCAGCUCCUACAAUUCGCCCGGGCGAGGCACCUGCUUCCAUUUUCGUAAACUGGGCCCCCUUGCAGCUGGCCCUGGGUUAUGUGGUCGAGAUUCGUCCAGCUGGGACGAAGGCAGAGUGGGCGGCAGUGGACGUGACCGGGCAUUUGGGCACGGAGCAGGGGCACUUUGCACCCAGCUGUUCGUCCUGCAAGGUAGCCGGCCUUCGCCCGGGCUAUGCAUACGAGGCACGGGUGACGUAUGUCUCGUCAUGUGGUUGCCGUUCAGAGGCAUCUGAUGCCUCGCAACCGUGUGCCCCAUGCGAACAGCGGAUCGGUCGCAGCGCUGCUGGGUAUCCAGUGCAGGACGUUGCUUGGCCGGAGGCUUCCCCUUCGCACGGGCCGAUGAUGACAGCAUCAGGACACCACAUACAUGGCACAGGUCCAGCGCCGAUGUGGCAUGGCAUCCAUGGUGGCACGCCACCGCCUCCACCACCGCGCGCAGCGCCCGAAAUGGUUGCGCCAGACGAGGCGCGGCAGGCGUACAUCUCGUCAGGUGGCUGGCGUUCAGAGGCAUUUGAUGCCUCGCAGCCAUGUGCCACGCGCGAACAGCGGAUCGGUCGCAGCGCUGCUGGGUAUCCAGUGCAGGACGUUGCUUGGCCGGAGGCUUCCCCUUCGCACGGGCCGAUGAUGACAGCAUCAGGACACCACAUACAUGGCACAGGUCCAGCGCCGAUGUGGCAUGGCAUCCAUGGUGGCGUGCCACCACCUCCAGCUGCCCCCGAGAUUCUGGCUCUGGACGAGGGUGGCUUUUCCAUCGCAGUGCGGUGGUCGUCCGUUGGUGCAGUCGCCUAUGUUGUGGAAUUGCGCGAGGUUGGCUCUUCCACGGUCGAGCGAUUCGUGAGAAAUGCAUCAUCCACUCCUCCGGGAGCGCCGGUGGAGCUCAGAGUCGCAGCAUUGAAGCCGGGACCUGGUCGAGCCUACAUGGCCCAGGUCCGCAGUAUUGACCACCAUGGAUGCGAGUCCAUGCCGUCAGAAGUGGGUCGCUCCCAAACGAUGCCCCACGUGCCGGACAUGCCAUCGAGUGCAGGCUGUUCCCCGCCACCAUGGCAGCAGGUCUGCCUUGUUUGGCUCCCUGCCAUGCCUUCUGGGCAUGGGUAUCCUUCUGGCAGUUGGAGCGGCAGCCCGGAAGCAGCCGGAGCAGGGCUUCAGGCACCCGCGGCUUCAGCCAGCAGCAAGGUGUCUGCGCCUGCGGCUGAAACGCACUUCCAGGACAUCUGCGACAAGCAGGCAAUCCGCCAGGAGUUGCCUCCCGAGGUGACUGGUCAGGAAGAAUCAGAAUGUCUCAUCCUUGAUUGA